CCUCUUUCCCAUUGUUUAUUCAAAAGCGCAUUACGUAAUGCUUUAGGAGUAACAUCAAAGAGCGUUGCGUUCGUAGGGAACAUCUCACUGGAAAUUCGCGUAGUUUGUGUGAAAGUUUGCAGAACAGGGUUUUUUUUUCCAAAACAUCCGGUUAUCUCAAGGAAGCACAUUGGAGUGGACUAGUGACUGGAGAGCGGUUAGUUGUGCGUCACGAUAACACUUCUACUUUCACUUUGUCCAUAUUACAAAAAUGGAUAGGCCUAUGUCAGUGGAAUCAAGGUCAUCAGUUUCACCAUCAUCUAUCACCAUGGGUUCCAGCCCUGAAUCCAAACAGAAAGGGAAAGCCAGUGUCUACAAUCACCAAGAUAUGCUGUAAUUAGGCUAUCUCAUAAAGGAAAAGACUCUACACCAAGGGGGUAAUGGUGCUGGCUGCCAUCUGAUUCACCUCCAGCACCUCCACACCCAUGCUUUUAUUAUGGGAGAUGGACUGGCAGGCACUGUGAAUCGCAUAGCUGACCGCUUGUCCAGAGACGAAUUAAGGACCCUGCGUUUCCUCUGCGCCGACCUUCUCCCUGACAGCUGUGUGGAGGACCUGCGUGGGGCCCUUAUCUCCCUGGCCGAGGCCCGUGGGAACAGUCCGUCCACCCGCAUGAUCCUCAUGGAGCUCAUGUUUCACCUGAAGCGUUUCGAUAUACUCAAGACAGUCCUGGGGACGAACCGGCAGGAGGUGGAGGCCAUGCUGAAGAGCUGUCAGUUCCUGUCUGGAUACAGGGUGUUGAUGGCCAAUCUGAGUGAUGACGUUGGGACAGAUGACCUCCACUCUCUGGUCUUCCUGCUCCAUGGAAAGCUAUCGCGAGGGAAGCUGGACAGAGACACUAGCUUUCUAGAUGUAGUGGAGGAACUGGAGAAACUGGAUGAAGUCUCCUCUGAAAAUCUGGAAAUCAUUGAGCAGGCCUUUAAGAGAAUUCACAGAGUUGACCUUGUGAAGAAGAUCCAGAGCUUUCAGAGAAAAGAUAUUCCUAGGAAACAUGUGCAACACACCUCAGAGCCACUGAGGGGAGUCUGUUCCCGUCCCAAUGCCUCUCCUGGCUCAUCUGUUAGUCAAAUUGGACUGACUCAGGCUCAUCAACCAUCUUUAGUAUCAAGACCGCUGAAAUUGUCAGUGCCUGAAACAGGAAUACAUAAUCAACAGGCCUCUGAAGAGUACCGGAUGGAAAGUAAUCCACGAGGUGUGUGUGUCAUUAUUGACUGCAUCGGUUCACAGGGAGACUUGCUGAAGGAAACCUUUGAGAGGCUGGGCUUCAGGGUCACACUGCAUACACUAUUGUGUCUGGAGGACGCCCGCAGAGUCCUGGUGGAAGCGUCCCAAAGCAGAGACCUCCACGGCUCGUUAGCAUUCAUCUGCUGUCUCCUUAGUCGCGGCUCAGAUGGCUACAUCCUGGCUACCGAGUCCCACGGCCCAGGGCUGAGCCUGGAUGCCGUCAGGCAGUUAUUCGACUCCCUCAGCUGCCCGGCGCUGAGGGGCAGACCUAAGCUAUUCUUCAUCCAGAUUUACAAUGUUCAGCAGCAGCAGACCCAGGGCCCAUCCCUGUGGUGCUCCUCGCAGACAUACGGCCAUCUGGAGACGGACGGUGGUGGGCCAUCGUCCUCCUCCUCAGGUGCCUGCUGGCAGACAGAUGCCGUUCCAACGAUCCCCGUCAGCGCAGACGCGUUGAGCUGCGUGUGUGUGUCUGAUGCGGGGCUGCUGGAGAGGAGGGGGCACCAGUCUGUGUACUGGGAGGCUCUAAGCUCCACGCUGCUGAGAUGCCGCGGCAGGAGAGUGCCACUGCUCGAUGCUCUUACCGAGGUCAACAGACUGGUGCUCGACCACAGCCAGACAACGAGACCCCACGAGAGCUACCACAUUAGCCUAAGCCACACGUUAAGGAGGACUCUUUAUCUGUGACACUAGCAAAGUGAAGGAGGAAGUGGAUUAAAAAUGUGAAUGAACAACAAUGGUGCAACGGGAGGUGAAAUGAUGGAGAAGGACUGAGGAAGGAUGGAGGGGAAGUGAAUAAAUAGCCUAAAGGGCAGAACUGGAUUGGGAAAUGAAGAGGAAAUGUGUGUCAAGUGGUGGGGGGUGUGGUUAUGACCAAACACUUGCACUCCAAUGCACCACCUGCCAAUGAAAUGGCAACAGAGCUGGGUCAACGAAAGUAUCUAAGCUAUAAGAAACCCUCUGCACUCUAUUAUGCACACAUUGUAUUCACCAAACUAAACUACUGUACACUAAAUAUUUAUAUUUGGGUAUAAACAAGAAAGCUAUUUUUUAACCUUAUUAAAGCGUGGUAGGCUACGCUAAUUUUGGUAAAUAUUUAAUAUUUAAUAUUCAUUUAAUAUAAUUUUGACAUGUUAUAUUUGUAUUAUUAUUAUUAUUAUUAUUAUUAUAUGCAUCAUUGGCAGGUUAUGA